AUGAGUCUCACACGAUGGAAGAGCCCUUCGAACUCUGCACCAGAGUUGCUCGAUUUCCACUAUGCACGUUUGAAGAGCCAGCACAGCAUUCGCCUUGCACGUAUCAGGCCCGGCAGUAGCGGCCGCGUUGCGAUCGAUCUGGUCGACAGCUAUGUUUCCGCGCGCGGUCAGGCGCCGUCCGACGAGUACGAUGCACUCUCAUACACCUGGGGCGACCUGCAGCCGAACAAACCCAUUUUGUGUAAUGGACGUCGGCUCGUCAUCACGGAGACACUACUUGACGCGCUCAAGCACUUCAGACUACAAGGCAAUGCGGUCACGCUGUGGAUUGAUCAGAUCUGUAUCUGUCAGGCGCGUCCAAAAGAGCGCGAACAUCAAGUACAACCGAUGGGUGAUAUCUUCUCUGGAGCUCGAAGGGUGCUCGUCUGGCUAGGUGGCCACUACGACGACUCAAAGACUGGCAUGCGACUUGCAGAGCAUCUGCUGUCCAUCUCGAGAGACCCCCAAAUCUCACACCUCGAUCACCACCGUAUACAUAAUCGCCUGCCAGCCAGCGAGCAUAAGGGCUGGAAAGCCUUAGCGUCUAUCCUUCGACGACCGUGGUUUCUGACAACGUGGAUUGUACAAGAAGUGGUACUGAAUCCUAAUGUUGAACUUGUCCUCGCCGAUAACUCGUUGCAUUGGCAUGAGCUCGAAUCGAUCGUCGGUCUUCUGGACGGACCGACAUCAAGGCAGUGGCAAUUAGAUCUAACGAUGUCUGCCUGGGAGCUACCGUUCUCAAGGAUCAACCGUAUUCGACUCCGCCAUCAGCAGUCACGUUUACAUCAGAUCAAAACAGCAGCGACGGACAAUGAAGCAGUUUCCGAUGAUCCCCGGGCAAAAGCGGAUGUCGCAGGCUUUGACUUAGAUCUGCUUGACUUACUUCUCAUCUCGCGCGAUCUCGGCGCAACAGACCCUCGUGACAAGAUAUAUGGUCUGCUAGGUCUCAGCGGGCAUGAGAUGCCCAUCGACUAUGACGCAUCGCCUGAGCAAGUCUUCAACGAGUUUGCCCUCGCCAUUGUUGGCUCUGCCACUGACCUCGCACCAGUUGGUGUACAAAUGGCGAAAUUGUCGUGUAAGAUCAAAGAAGUCCGCAAGGCAUUGACGCUUUUGUCGUGCGCCGGCAAGCCAAACCAACAACGUAGCAUGGCGUCGUGGAUUCCUGACUGGAGCACUAAUUUGUCCUCAAGACCCUUGCUGUUUGACCAGCGUUUUUGCGCUGGCGGCGAUACGAUAGACAUCGAUUGGCACUUUGAGACGGGACUUCAUCUGUGUGGCAAACUGCUAGAUACUGUAGCCGUGGCCGGGAAGACCAGCUUGGGAUACACCGCUGAGGGCAACGCGCAUGGUCUCAUUCGUGACUGGAUGCACGAAGCCCGAAAGAUUGCCGACACCAGGUCAGUUCGCUCUCCUGGCAGCACGAUGAAUGUAGAUGCCUUUCAAGCUUUACUGAGAGAUCUUUCGGUGUGCGAACAUGGUUACUACAAGGGCGAUGAACAUGAGGCACAGUUCAGGAGGAGGCGUAGUAUGCUGGACGAUAUCAAUGAUGUGGACACUGUGCACGAUGCACGGCAAACACUGACCCUCGGGCCUACGAGAGGCAGGGUGCUGGCUGCAACGACGACCGGUCACAUUUGUCUCGUGCCCCGGGGCACUGUGGUAGGCGACUUGAUCUAUGUCGUGCUCGGCGCCAGUGUUCCCUUCGUUUUGCGGCCGCAUGCCGAGGAUGACAUUGCCUUUACGUUGAUCGGCAAGGCGUAUGUGCAGGGCAUUACUUACGGGGAAUGGCUUCAUAUGGACCAUCUGGCUGGUGUAGAGGACGUCUACCUUCGUUGA